AUGGUCUUGAGUUGUGAUAAUUGCUAUGCAAUGAUUGGACAAAAACAAGGAGGUUUUCUCGGCUUCAUACAGGAUUCACUGAGUCGUGCUGAGCACCACAUCUGGUUCGAGCGAAGUGAGGCUGGUGACAGGAAAAAGGUGCUGCAAAGGUUGCAAGAGCACGUGCAGGACGAGAACAAGCUUCCAAUAAUCAUUUUCCCCGAGGGUACAUGCAUCAACAAUACGUCUGUUAUGAUGUUCAAGAAAGGAUCUUUCGAGGUUGGUUCUGAGUACGAUUCUUGUUACUCAUGUCUCCCUCAUACAUAG